GACACAUGGCUGGCCGUAAAUCCAAGCCAAACAAAUCCCAUCACCUUUGCAAACCCCGUUGCCGAGCAGGCUCUCGGACAUCCGAGCCGUAUGGUCCGUAUCGCCAACUGAUCCAUUACGUUUGGUACCGCCUCCAGUUUGAAGUUUGAGCGCCUCCUUCCCCUUCCCACCAUAACCGUUACAAUGGCUGUGCAGGCUUAUACGUCUUUGCUCCCUUUCCCUCAAUUUCAAUUCCAAGUUCGUUAUCCUGUUGCAUCCCCGCCGUCUCUCGUCACCGGAUCGCGCAAAUCGCCGGCGGGACUGAGUUGCUCUUCAAGUCGUGAUCGGAAGGACGAUUAUCUGUUGGAUGCUCCUAUUUCGGUCGGUGAUGGCUUCUCUUUCAGUGGAGGAAAAUAUUCAGAUGAACCAAGCCGAGCAGAUGAAUGGUUUAAGCAAGGGAAGAUGGUGAAAGCUCAUCCUGUUCUUGGAUCUGGAGAAAAUGCUAAGGAUCCAAUUUUUGGACUUGCAAUGGGGGCUGGUUCUCAAGCCCCGGCUGAUGUUUUCAGAUGGUUUUGUGUUGAAGGUGGAAAUGCCGGUAACCCUUCAGUUAUACUCAUUCAUGGUUUUCCUUCACAGGCAUACUCUUAUCGCAAAGUUCUUCCUGUACUCUCCAAGAAUUAUCAUGCCAUUGCAUUUGAUUGGCUAGGCUUUGGAUUUUCAGAUAAGCCUCUACCAAGAUAUGGUUUUGACUACACUUUGAAAGAGUAUAUAUUAUCCUUGGAAUCCCUUAUUAAUAAACUUGCCAGUGAUAAGAUUGUGCUUGUUGUCCAGGGAUACUUUUCACCAGUUGUCAUCAAAUAUGCUUCCAAUCAUCAGGAAAAUAUUGACAAUCUCAUACUUCUCAAUCCUCCAUUGACAGCCGAACAUGCUAAUCUUCCAUCAACCUUAUCCAUAUUCAGCAACUUUCUUCUUGGCGAAAUUUUUUCUCAGGACCCUUUAAAGGCCAGUGAUAAAACUUUGGCAAGCUGCGGUCCUUACAAAAUGGAAGAGGAGGAUGCAAUGGUUUAUAGAAGACCUUAUCUCACCUCAGGGUCCUCUGGGUUUGCAUUGAAUGCAAUUAGUAGAGUCAUGAAGAAGGAGCUAAAGACUCAUGUGGAAGAAGCGAGGAUGAUACUAUUGGAUAAAGACUGGAAAGUCCAAACUACUGUAUUCUGGGGUCAAAGAGACCGCUGGUUGAGUUAUGAUGGAGUUGAGGAUUUCUGCAAGUAUUCAAACCAUACACUAGUUGAACUUCCAAUGGCAGGCCAUCAUGUACAGGAGGACUCGGGGGAGGAACUGGGAGGGCUUGUUGCUGAAGUCAUUAACAAAAGGGGUCGAAUUUAAACCCCUCUUUUUAAUUAGUGCUACUUCUUGCAUACCUUAAAACUGAGAUUGCCAACUUCUGCAAAGAAACUGAAAGCAUGUAUUGUACCCUCUCUCACCUUCAUGCGCCACUGCAUGGGGUGCGCCAUAUGGUAUAGGUAGGUGAGAUGGCGACUGAAAAUAUUUUUGCACACUUGUUCGGAAGCCUCGGGUUGGAUGAAGGAUUUUUUUUUUCAGGAAA